AAAUUUUGCAUUUCAUUUCUUCAGAAAAAUAUGGCCGACAUGUCACACCUGCCAAUUGUGGCAGGCUUGUUUUUGUUUGUUUUUCUGACUUGGAGGGAUUUGUCAGGAACGGAACAGUCCUCACACGUACACAAAGACAUCAAGGCCCCAAAACUAGCACAAUUUGCUACCCCAACCAUCAAGUUUUUAUAUUGUUAUUCCUGAGGGUACCGGAAAGUCUUUGAGCAGUAUUCACAUGUGCUGAAUGAGAAGUUCCCACAUUUCAGUGUAGAAGGAGAUAAUUACCCUCCUCCACCAAUGCGGCAACUUUUUGCUCAAGGACUUGGUAUUCUUAAAAUUAUCAUCAUUGCUAUGGUCGUCCUCGGCCAGAAUCCAUUCCCUCAUCUUAACAUUGAUACCCCAAGUAUCUUCACUUGGGCAGUGGAGAACAAAUUGUAUGCCUGUCUGAUGAUAUUUUUCGUCAGCAAUGCCAUUGAAGGACAACUUAUAUCCACAGGGGCCUUUGAAAUAUCUUUUAAUGAUGUGCCAGUUUGGUCAAAAUUAGAAACUGGAAGAAUUCCAAAUGCUGGAGAAAUGUUUCAAAUUAUUGAGAAUCACAUGCGAUUUGGACAACCUUCAGGCAACACCUAGCUUUUUUCCACAGUCCACCAUCAUCCAUAUAGCCUCAUUGUGUCUUUCAUAUGAAAUAUAAUUACUUCCCUUGAUUGGAGCAGAGUAACUUCCCCUUGUAUCAACAGAUGGCGUACCUCAAGACACUGAUUAAUGAUGGCGUUUGUUUCAAGCUACUCAGGGUAGCUAACUCUCGCUGGAUGUAGACAUCAGAAUGAUCUUCAGGGACGCUGUUUCCUCGAUGAAGGAGCUGUUUUUCUCAUCUGAUCUAGGGAUGAUUUUCUGUGUUCAUCACCUCAUAUUUUAAAUGCAUUAUACAAAUUUGUUAUAUACAUUUAUUUAUGUUUUUUUUUUUAAUUAAAGAAACUGUUGUUAUUUUUUUUGCCAACAGGUCAGUUACCUUUUUUAUAUGAACACUCUAAUCCACUUUCGCUGCAAAUACAGUUUUGCUUGAAUUUCCUUUUAUAAUUAAAUAUAGUUGUAUAUAUAUAUAGAUACUGGUAAAUGUUUGUUGUAAAUAAUUAUGUAUGUGUGGUGUGGUUGUGUUUAUGUGGGUCUUAUAAUCCACUAAUGGUCUGUCACCAAUUUAUUAUUUUCCUACUUAUUUUUUAGCCGUAAAAAAAUAACGAAAAAAACAACCCAAAUAUACAGGGUA